GUUCGUAGGAUGUGUUCCUUUUUGUUCUGACUCGCAAAGGACGAGCGAGUGUUCAUGUGGAAGAUAUUCCGGUUUAUUGCUAGCUCUACAAUGUUUUCAUAACCUUAACAGAUUUGCCAGAAAAUGAACUUUCCAACACCGCAUCAUAAACAUAUCAUCAAUCCGUCUUCGUAGGAAGAAAAAUGUAAACAAACUGAAGACAGAAGAAAAAACACCUCAAUCGAAGUCCAGUAACAACGGCACGCGGCAAUAGGUCGUGUCGAGCACAUGGCACACAUUUUAAUUCUGGAAGCAUUCUACGGCGGGUCGCAUAAGCAACUGAUAGAUGUUUUAGUAAAGUAUCUUGACGAGCGUGAGUACGAUUUACUUACGAUACCGGCGAAAAAAUGGCACUGGUGUGCGCGGAUGAGUGCGCUACAGUUUGCCGGACGCAUUUCCACAGCCCAUCGGUACCAAACCAUCUUCUGCAGUUCGGUGUUGAACCUUUCGGAAUUGAUAGGAAUGCGAACGGAUUUGGCUCACUGUCGGAAGAUUGUUUACUUUCACGAAAAUCAACUGUGCUACCCGGUUAGGGAGAGCAAGCAGCGUGAUGUACAGUACGGAAUCAAUCAAAUUACGACGUGCCUUUGCGCUGACCGGGUGCUAUUUAAUUCACGGUACAACAUGGACUCCUUCCUGGACAGUAUACAAUCGUUUUUGAACAUCGUACCGAACAUGAGCUUCAAGGGCGUGCGGGAAAAAAUCGCCCCCAAGUGUGAGGUUUUAUAUUAUCCCGUAGAGUUUAGCAAUCUUUCAACGAGAACCGAUGAAAAAGAGGACAAGGAAAACAAACCUCUUCACAUAAUUUGGCCUCACCGGUGGGAGCACGAUAAAAAUCCUGAACAACUGCUAGAGGCACUGCUGGCACUUCAGGAAAAAGGAGUAAGCUUCCACAUCUCGAUACUGGGGGAACGGUUCGAAACCAUUCCUAAGUGUUUCGAGAACCUGGAGGAUCAACUUCCCGGGAAGGUGCUACAGUUUGGCCCACUGGCUCGGGAAGACUACCGGCGCACGUUGGCGGAAGGCGAUGUGGUACUGUCUACAGCGCUACACGAGUUUUACGGAGUCGCAAUGCUCGAAGCAGUACACAGCGGAUGUGUUCCGCUCGCUCCGAAUCGGCUAGUGUACCCGGAACUAUACCCGAAGGACAAACUGUUCAACACGACAGGACAGUUGGUGAAACAGCUGUACAAUUGGUGCCGCAAUCGUGCCCUGUUCGAAAAGCAUCGUGAUGCCUUCUUUGAUCAAAUCAAUUUGGACGUGUAUUCGGCUGAGCAGCUGGUUCCGAAGUUCGUAAGCGCUAUAAGGAACGGGAGCUGAGACACGGAAGCGUGUAUUAGGUAGGCAGUUUUAUUGUAUUUAAAUUUCUUAUUCACAGUCCCAACGGUCAUUUCGGUUUUAAAAUGGCCAUUCUGUUGAUACAAGUGAUCAAUUACCAAAUAUUUGUUAGAAGUCUUCUGGUGCAAAUUGUGUGAAGAACGCACUAACGCCGAUAACGACUCCGACUUCCAUUGGGCAUUCGGCCUGUAAAAACAAAGCAGUAGGAAAACAGUGCGCUGUGGAGAAGUUCAAAAGCCUUAAGAAACAAAUAGAGCUAGGCUUAAGAAAAUAUCCGUGCCGUUCGUAUUCGACCACCACCACCCACACAGAUUCAGUACCGGCUGUGCGUGUUUCAGUGUUGAUAUUUGCCAUUUGCUUAACAGAGCGCAUAAAGGAGACCGGAGUGCUCUCCCUUUUAUCCAUCGUCAUCGUUUUCUACCUUCACCCGAAACGAGAACGUGCUAAGAAGGUCCGUUGCCGUUCUUAAAAUUUCCGCAUGCUAACAUGUCGCAUUAAAUAUCAAGUCGCUGGUCUUAGAUCUCUCCUCACAUAUCCUUCCAGGAGGGGAAAAAACACUUCCUAUUAUGCUUGAGCGGCGUUAGAGUAAAUAAACAGAAGAAAACGAAACCACUACCGGGUGGCAAGACCGAACCGAACCAGGCUCAUCGUCCCUGUUCGGUCAGAUUUGUCGGUCACAAAAGUGAAGAAAUGUAGAUUGCCGGAUGCUUGGUUCUAUUUUUGCAUUCAUCCUUUUUUUUUUUUGGUGGAAGCAUGAGAGGACUUUUCAGCCCGUCCGUCUUGCAAGACAGUGUCUUUGUCGAUGAUAGGCUUCAUAUUGUUUGACCGUUUAUGUUCCACAUCCUGUUUUCAAAGGUCCGGUAAACCCUUGGAGAACGAGCGACCGAAGAACGAGAGUUUCGCUUGAUGUUUUAGAAAGAUUUAAGGACCUCAUACACUGAGUUACCCAGAUGAUUUUAUUCGUAUCAUUGUUUGGAGAUUAUAAAUUAAUUAGUGGCGAUUUUCUUCAGUCUUGUUGUUGUAGUAUGAAAGAAAAUUUAAUACAUUAAGUUUGGAGACUCAAUUUUUCACUACUUAGUUCAGCAGUGGCAUCAGAUCACAUCGUUAUUCCUGUUGGGUUUUCAAGCAGCUCACAAUAAACAAUUUCUAGUAGGUC